CUAUCACAUUCUGUCUGCCUCCCAUCCCAUGUUUUCAACUUGCAUGUGUGGUUUGAAUGUGCAAGCAUUUGUGUGGUGUGUUCUGGAGUUUGGGAAUGUGUUCUGUGUUAUUUUUGUUUGAGCAGGUAUUUGUGAUGAUAGAUCUUGAGAAGAUCUUUCCGACGCAACGAGAAUCCCUUCAAUCGGAGCAAGAAUGCGAAAGUUCAUGAGCUUGCGUUACAAUUGCGGCGGUUACUAAGUGAAGUUGUGGGGUGAAUUUAUAUGGAGUUGGGACCUUUGGGGUUUGGGAAAUUUGUCACUCUACUGUAACAGCUGCAAAUUGGUUGGGAACAACCAAGCUAGGUUGGCAAGGGUGGCCAACUUGGAUGGAUUGGUUGGGAAGGGACAAAGGUCAACGUUGAGGUUCCUAUAGGGAGGGAAUCUUUGUGCUUAUGGGGUUUCCUUGGUUGGGGACUCUCUUGGGACCUUCCCUCUCAUCUCUCUCUUCUAUCCCAACCUUUCUCUUGCUCCUCUAAUUCCUUGUGAGAUUCUUGAACUUUGAUUGAACUCUUGAGAUUGAGUUAAGUUCUCCUCCUACAGCUUACCCCCUAGUGCGUCGAAAGACAUAGCGUCGCGAAUACUUCAUCAAUCAACAUGAUUCAAAUUGGGAACGGUAGGUGAGAUUAAGAGCUACAACAUAUCCAAGUUUCGCGACAUUCCAACGGCUAGUUUUUCGUCGACGUUGUUUCUUGUGAAGACGACUUUUCUGUCCAGAAUUUCGGAUUUAUAUUUUGAGUAAUUCUAGCUCCUAAGUUCACCUAGACUCCGUCCUUAAUCCUAACAAGUGGUAUCAGAGCCAUAUUAAGGACAUUGAGAGGAGUCUACAGAAGUUUGAAGACCCUUCUAGACCCACCAUGGCCUGUGGGUGUGCCUAAGUGGUGUUCUAAAGGUUGGAUGUGUCUUCCGCUAAGGGGAAACUCUACCGAAAUUUCGUGGACGCCGACACUUGUGAAAAUAUCGAGGGAGCUGAGUGUGGACAGCACAAAGGGGAGCUGAAAUUCGUCAUUUCUCAAGGAGAAGAUGAAUGAGAGAGGAGGAGAUGCUAAUGGAAGAGGAGCUGUAGCUGAGAAGACAAGUGAGCCGCCGCCAUCAAAAGUUGAAGCUUUGGAUGGCUCCAACUAUGAGGAAUGGAGCGGGCGGAUGAGGAGUGCCUUCAAACGCUACAAGCUACUGAAGAUUGCUGUUGGGGAGGAGAAGAUGCCGGAAGAAGGCGAAGCACGUGAACGGUGGAUUGAGAAAAGCGCGGUGCUUUUCGACCUCAUCCUUCAAUCGGUCAACAAGGAGAUGUUCGAGCACAUCAAGGAUCUUGUGGAAGCGGAUGAUUCGGGUCCAAGGGCGUGGAAACUACUACGUGAUGUGAUUCAGCCCAACACUCUCCCAAUGGUGAUCGUGCUCGAGAAGGAACUUGCUGCCAUCUCCAUGCGACCAGGGGAUGAUGUGAAGCCGGUCCUUGACAAGAUCAAGGACACCUAUGCAACGAUGGCAGCAGCGGGCAGCAGUGUAUCUCAGCUGCAGCAGUGCACCAAGAUCAUCUCGGUGUUGGACAACUCUUGGGACAACCUCAUCCCCACCCUCAACUCUCAGCAAGAUCAAUGGACACCUGAGUGGCUAAGGCACCAGAUUCUGCAGGAGGACUUCCGCAGACGCCAUGUGGGAGGCGGUGCUGCCACUAAGACUGCUGAGGGGUAUGGAGCUGCAGGGCGCGGCAGAGGAAGAGGGGGUUGGAGAGGCCGAGGCCGUGGGAGGAGCUUUGGCAGAGGUAGAGGCCGAGGUGACUAUAAUGAGGGGCAUGGGAGCUCCAGUGGCAGGGGGAGUACCAGAAUGGAGGGCACCUGCUGGUACUGCAAGAAGGUCGGGCAUCCUUGGUUCAAGUGCUUCAGCAGGCCGGAGGGAUGGGCACCUCCAGGCAUGAAGCCGCCAAGUGGUGAACGCACACAAGGUGGCGCUGUGCAAGAUGAAGGUGCACAAGGUAACGCCUAUCCUGGGAUGUAUCUCAUGGUUGAGGAUGUGCAUGGGCAUGAGGAUUUGCUUGAUGAGGUAAAACCCCCUGGGAAGAUCAAGUAUGUGGCAGCAGCGUCAGGUGCUUUGCUCCCUGUGAUUGGCGUUGGGAAUGCCAAGGUUAAGGGAGCUAAUGGGGAGCUUGUGGGGCUUGGGAAUGUUCUGCUGGUUGAAGGCUUGUCUGCUAACCUUCUCUCUGUGCGACGACUGCAGAAGAGUAAGGCCGAAGUGACCUUUGGACCAACCAGCUGCCGUGCUAAGCUUGGGAAGAAGGUGCUGUGGAGUCUGGAAGAGGAGACCAGCUGCAUCAAGGACCUGUGGCAGCUGCCCAUCAUCCCAUGGAAUGGGAAGACUCCAACAGCAGCAACGGCAGCAGCGGCAAAGGCAACAGCAGGAGGAGAUGCAACUGCACCAAUUGAUGGGGUCCUAGAAGCAGUCAAGAAAGUGCAGCAGCAGCAGACACAUGGUGAGGUGCUUGCUGGUGUGGAUGCGAGUGCGGCAUGGGCUAAGGCUUCAUCAAGGAGUGGAGAGGCCGAUUGGGAGACAUGGCAUGAGAGGUUGUGUCAUGUGAACUUCCCUAUGCUGCAGAAGUUGGUGAAGAAUGGGAGCCUGAAGGGCUUGGAGGUGAAAGGGGAAGUGAAGGAGAUUGGGAGCUGCCCUACAUGCUUGGAGACCAAGUUCUCCAAGUUCCCCUUCAACAGCACUACAGGACCAGCCAAGACCUCACUUGCACUUGUGCACAUGGAUGUGGUGGGGCCCAUAAGAGCCCCUUCCCUCUCAGGCAGCCGCUAUUUCUUGACAAUUGUGGAUGACCACACUCGGGCAGUGUGGGUUUACCCUUUGAAGAGCAAGGGGGAGGUGGCAGCGGCUGUCCUUAAGGAGUGGAUGCCGAGAGCUCAGAGGGAAUGCGGACACAAGGUGAAGGUGAUCCGUAGUGACAAUGGUGGGGAGUUCAUUGGAGCUGAUUUUGAGGGGGAGUUGAAGAGGAAGGGGAUCCAACAUCAACUGACAGUGCCCUACAACCCGCAGCAGAAUGGCGUGGCUGAGAGGUUCAACAGGACCCUGCAGGAGGGGGCACGCACUCUCCUUGGGCGUGCAGGGCUGCCUGAUCCGUUUUGGGUGUCUGCACUGAGGCAGGUCGCCCUUGUGAAGAACAGGGUGCUGGCUACAGUUGGAGAUAAGGAGUGGAUCCCAUACGUCAAGUGGUAUGGGAGUGCUCCAGCUGUGAACAUGCUGAGGGCAUUUGGGUGCAUGGUGGUGUUUCAUGUGCCUAAGGAGAAAAGGGGGAAGUUGGAGGCUUCUGGAAGAUGGGGUGUGCACUUGGGGAUUGCAAAGGAUCACAAGGGGUGGCUGCUAUGGGACUUGACCACCCAGAAGCUGACAGUGUCAAGGGAUGUGAAGUUUCUUGAGUCCCUGUACUACAAGGAAUGGAAGCAGCAGCAACAGAAGCUUCCAUCUACACCGCUCAUUGUGGAGGCAGAUGAGGUGCAGCAGCCUUCAAGACAGGUGGAGGUUGCAGUGUCAGAGGAGGAGAUGUCUGGGGUGACUGAGGAAGGGGGAGCAGCUGAAGUAGAGCAGCAGCAGCAGCAGCAUGAGUCUCCACCUCGAGUUCCACACCCGCCUGAGCGUCCUAGGAGGGAUGUGCGCCCUCCAGUGAGGCUGACCUAUGGGGGAAGAGGCAAGCCGAAUGUGGUGCAGGCUGGGAGUGUGGUUGAGCAGAUUGAGGAAGAUGAGAUCGCUCACUGCUACUGGGCACCAAUCCCUGAGCCCAAGACUCGAGAAGAGGCCUUGAAUGGACCAAAUGGGGAGAAGUGGAAGGCGAGUGAGGAUGAGGAGUUCGGGUCCCUAAUUGAGAACGAGACAUGGGACCUGUGUGACUUGCCUCCUGGAAAGAAGGCAAUCACUUCCAAGAUGAUCUACAGGCACAAGUAUGGACCUGAAGGGGAGCUGACCCGCUACAAGUCUAGGCUUGUGGCACGGGGGUUUCAGCAGACAAAGGGGAAGGACUAUGAUGAGGUGUUUGCUCCUGUGGGGAAAGGAACAACACUGAGGGUGCUGUUGGCGAUAGCUGCACUCCUGGGAUGGAAGAUUCGGCAGAUGGACAUUGUGACUGCCUUUCUGAAUGGGAUCAUUCUGGAGGAGGUGUACAUGAAGCAGCCAGAGGGGCUGGAUGAUGGGAGCGGCAGGGUCUGCAGGCUGAAGAAGGCCAUCUAUGGCCUUAAGCAGGCGCCUCGUGCAUGGUAUCACAAGUUGGAGGAGGCGCUGCUGGCUGGGGGUUUCAAGAAGAGUGAGUGUGACCCCAGCCUGUUCCUGCUGCAGGAGAAGGACGAAAUCCUCAUGCUCUUGGUGUAUGUGGAUGAUAUCCUUCUCUUUUCUGCAUCAACUGCUUUGCUGGACAGCGCAGAGCAGAUGCUGGAGAUGCAGUUCAAGUGCUCCAAGAUGGGUGAGGUGAAGUACUACCUGGGGAUGCAUGUGGAGAGAGAUGUGGAGAAGGGUGUGCUGAGGUUGCACCAGAGGAAGUACUGUGAGGGGCUGGCUGAAAAGUAUGGGCUGCAAGAUGGGGGAAAGCCAGCAACACCACUACCUUCAGGGUUUACUGUGGAGCCAUGUGCUGAUGAGGAGGUAGUGGGUGAGAGUGACAGAAAGCUGUUUCAUUCGAUGGUUGGGUCGCUGAAUUAUGCUGCAAAUCAUACACGGCCUGACAUUGCAUUUUCUACAUCACGGUUGGCUAGUGUGGUCUCACGCCCUAGUCAUGAGCAGCUGGAAGCGGCCAAGAGGUUGGUCCGCUAUGUGAGUGCUACGGCAUCAGUGGGAUUGGAGUACAGUGGAGUGAGGCAGCGGUUGCAGAGAGGUGCUGCAGAUGUGAAGAGUGGUGAGAUGCUCUUGAGUUGCUAUACUGACGCUAGCUUCAACUCAGUGAAAGCGGAUGGCACCAGCAUUGGGGGUUAUGUGUGCUUGCUGGGAGGUGGUGCUGUGAGCUGGCGCAGCAAGAAGCAAAAUGAGGUGGGAUUGUCUUCAUGUGAGACUGAGUACAUGGCCUUACACCAUGGGGCCAAGGAAGUGGUAUGGCUGAGGCGUUUGUUAGAGGAGUUGGGAGUUGGUCAGGAGGAGCCGACAGUUGUGUUCUGUGACAAUGAGUCUGCUGUGAAGCUCGCCAAGAAUGCUUGUCUGCAUGGGCUGACAAAACACAUAAGGCCUAAGUGGCAUUGGGUGAGAAGACUCCUUGAUAAGGAGGUGCGGCUGGAGAUAGUGAAGACCCAUCAGCAGGCAGCAGAUAUUUUCACUAAGCGUCUGGCGGAGGCGGAUCAUUGGAAGGGCAUGAAGCUUGCUGGGAUGAGUGUGCAUUGAGUAUGCAUGCUUGAGAUGUGGUAUGGUGGAUGAUGGUUGGCAGCCAGAGGGGGAGAUUGUUGUGUGAUGUCAUCAUAUGCUAUCACAUUCUGUCUGCCUCCCAUCCCAUGUUUUCAACUUGCAUGUGUGGUUUGAAUGUGCAAGCAUUUGUGUGGUGUGUUCUGGAGUUUGGGAAUGUGUUCUGUGUUAUUUUUGUUUGAGCAGGUAUUUGUGAUGAUAGAUCUUGAGAAGAUCUUUCCGACGCAACGAGAAUCCCUUCAAUCGGAGCAAGAAUGCGAAAGUUCAUGAGCUUGCGUUACAAUUGCGGCGGUUACUAAGUGAAGUUGUGGGGUGAAUUUAUAUGGAGUUGGGACCUUUGGGGUUUGGGAAAUUUGUCACUCUACUGUAACAGCUGCAAAUUGGUUGGGAACAACCAAGCUAGGUUGGCAAGGGUGGCCAACUUGGAUGGAUUGGUUGGGAAGGGACAAAGGUCAACGUUGAGGUUCCUAUAGGGAGGGAAUCUUUGUGCUUAUGGGGUUUCCUUGGUUGGGGACUCUCUUGGGACCUUCCCUCUCAUCUCUCUCUUCUAUCCCAACCUUUCUCUUGCUCCUCUAAUUCCUUGUGAGAUUCUUGAACUUUGAUUGAACUCUUGAGAUUGAGUUAAGUUCUCCUCCUACAGCUUACCCCCUAGUGCGUCGAAAGACAUAGCGUCGCGAAUACUUCAUCAAUCAACAUGAUUCAAAUUGGGAACGGUAGGUGAGAUUAAGAGCUACAACAUAUCCAAGUUUCGCGACAUUCCAACGGCUAGUUUUUCGUCGACGUUGUUUCUUGUGAAGACGACUUUUCUGUCCAGAAUUUCGGAUUUAUA